CGCCGCCUCCUGCAGCGGCCUCUUUCUUUUACGUGCUCCGACCGUGAGAUUUUUCAUCCUCGUCUUUAAACCGGCUGUUCACCGAUCCUUGGAAGCACUGUCAAGAUGCCCAGGGAAGACCGGACCACGUGGAAGUCCAACUACUUUCUGAAGAUCAUUCAACUGCUGGAUGACUUCCCCAAGUGUUUCAUCGUGGGCGCUGACAAUGUCGGCUCCAAGCAGAUGCAGACCAUCCGUCUGUCCCUGCGGGGCAAGGCCGUCGUGCUCAUGGGUAAAAACACCAUGAUGAGGAAGGCCAUCCGUGGCCACCUGGAAAACAACCCGUCUCUGGAGAGGCUGUACUGCCUACACAUCCGUGGGAAAGCGUGGGCUUCGUUUCAGACCAAGGAGGAUCUGUACUGUUGUGCCCGCUUGUCUGUGAUGGUAGGUGCCCGCUGUGCUGCCCGUGCCUUUUUCUUUCGCCCCGUGUGCAUGCUGACCCAUCAACGUGCCCGGUGCGGGAAGCACUCAGAACACACGGACUCGACUGUCGUGUGCCGUCCACAGAGCGACGUUCAGCUGAUCAAACCUGGAGACAAGGUGGGCGCCAGCGAGGCCACGCUGCUCAACAUGCUGAACAUCUCGCCCUUCUCUUACGGGCUGAUCAUCAAAUGAAAAUUAUUUAUCAUCCAGCAGGUGUAUGAUAACGGCAGCGUCUACAGCCCCGAGGUGCUGGACAUCACUGAAGACGCCCUGCACAAGAGGUUCCUGGAGGGUGUGAGGAACAUCGCCAGUGUGUGUCUGCAGAUCGGCUACCCGACGCUCGCCUCCAUCCCUCACUCCAUCAUCAACGGAUACAAGAGGGUCCUGGCUGUCGCUGUGGAAACAGACUACUCCUUCCCCUUGGCUGAGAAGGUGAAGGCCUUCCUGGCUGAUCCCAGUGCUUUCGCUGUUGCUGCUCCUGCCGCUUCGGCUGUGGAGGUCAAGUCUGCAGCUCCCGCGGCCAAAGAGGAGGCGCCCAAGGAGGAGUCCGAGGAGUCUGACGAGGACAUGGGCUUCGGCCUGUUUGAUUAAACUGCUGAAUGAACUUCCAUGUCAGAUUAACAUCAAUAAAACAUCUGGAAACAUCA